GCCUGCCGUUGUCACUACGGUUGAUUUUCCUGUCUGGGUAGUAGCUGUGGGACACCAGCCAGAGGCCCUACAACUGCAGAUCAACAUUCCGUGCGACAUUGAAGACGCCAUUGAUGUCGUAGAGAGAUCUUCGCUUCUCAGCCAUAUACCCUUUUGUGACCGGGUCAUUCCCAUCAGACCGCAACCUUUUCCGGCAUGCGCUGCCUUCGUGCGAGCUCCUGACUGGGUCGCCUACACGGCGCACUCACUCAUCUGCAUUGACUUGCGUGAUAUGCAUCCGGAGGGUAAAGGACCUGUGAUUGCAGCGUUUGUAACAAGGCCGACAUGCCUCGCAGAGCUCUGCCGAGAAGCAGGCUUCUAUGGGACCGAGCCUGCAGAUGUCUACGUUGGUACAGAUCCUAUCCCCAUAGAGGCUGAGGAAUCAAUUGCGCUCUCCAGCGGUUGUUUGGUCACGUUUAUGCGCACUCAUCGAUGUCCCUUCGUUGCUAAUGAUCUACAGUACCGUUUGCAGUACCCUGAGAUCUGGGCGAUCCCAGCACAAUUCCCAAAGCAAUGGAACCAGCGCUCAGCACUGUUACUGCUGCACAGUUCCGGACGAUACUUGCUGGGAUCUAGGCCACAGAACGUUGCCCUUGAUGUUGCGGCUGCUGGUUUUGUUGGGGUUGAUCGUGCCGAGGUAAAUUUCCAUGCCCCGCGCCAUCCUUCACUACAAAGAUUUACCUAUCGAGCCGCGGAGGUUCGAGGGGUCAUUGCUGUUGUUGCGCAGUCAGCAGCUGAGCAAAUCGUUGUCUUUCUUGACAUGCGGCAGCUUGGUGGCGGAGUGCGCUUCUUGGCGCUGCCCCAGCCGACCAUUCCUCUUGAUGCCUUGCGCCGACUUGUCAGAGCCGCACCAGACGCCACAGAGGCCGACGCGAUGUCAGGCCAGUUGCCCGUGAGCUUUGGCAGCACGCCUCUCCCGCCAGUGCUUACGAUAGGGCACAGCAUGAACACUGUCCAGCGUGUAGCUAGCGGUGUGCUUGAGCCUUUCCUUGCAGAUGUUUCGAUUCGCGCCUUCCGUGACAGUAAGUCUGCUGUCAACUCGCGUGUUGUGGCGCUUUCUGCCUUCGUGUGUCGGCUGCUUGUCGAGCCUGCUUGCACCAGCGAAGUGGGCAGGCAAGCCCUCACCGACCUUAGUCUACUCACUGUUGAGCUGGGUGGAGAAUGGCCAUACCACCCGAGUGACGAUGCCAUGCCCGGCAUUCCUGGUGCACUUAGUGAGUCAUCAGAGGCCGAAAGUGAUUUGGCUGUCAGGUGGGCGACUUUUGCAGUUUUCAUUCCGGACUAUGGUGCUGAGCAGCUAACCGUUGCGGUCCAGUUUCCGACCACCACCCGAGAUGUUGCUCCCCUUGUCCAACAGGCCAGAGACCCUCAGCAAGUCAUGCGGUUCCCUUUCCUUCUUCCCGUAAUUCCACAGCCGGUUCGCGGCACGGGUAUCUAUGUCGGGCUCCCACAUUGGAAUCCCGAUGCCAAUAUAGUGUGUCUGGACCUUACUGCUGUUGAUGGCCGUCAUUAUGCAGCAGUUGCACCGACAUACGCUGACCGUGACAUUCUAUGCGAUCUCGCAGACCUCCCGAGUGCAGCCGAUUUUCAUAUUUACGUCGGUGUUGGCGAGGAGCCCCUCGCUGGCGAAGGCAUUUAUUGCGUCGUUCAAGGCUUCAGGCAUCAUCGCUUCAUUGCUGACUUGCGCGACCCAAUGCACUAUUGGCAGCAACUCGCCAGGGCCAUAGGGCUGGAUGACGUGGACUGCACAUGGGCAUCUGCUUGUUGGGGUGUUGAGCUCUUAGGAGCGCGUAGGGAGGGUCAACACUUGAGAGUCGGGUCUGGAUAUGUCCUCGUUGCCAUAGUUGUUCGGCGGCCGAUGCUACUUGGCGACCUGCGCCCUGCUGCCGAAGCUGCCCGAGACCCACAUGGCCCAGCCGCGGACGGUGGCGACUUCCUACUCAUACCACGCCCUACUGUUGAAGAUGCGGUGCACACGUGGCAGGCACAGAUGACAGAUAGUCUUGCCCUGGGUGCUCACCCUGCUGUCACCGCUGAGGCUGAUGCAGUGACACAGACCCUUGUUGCGGUGCCCGAAUACCUGUCGGAACUCUAUGAGCUGCCUGUCCCAUAUCCUUGUGAUGUUGGUGAUGUUUUCCAGCUGUUGCUGGCGCACAGGCGUGCGUAUGACCGACGGCGGUUCCCGGGGUUGCAUCCUGUUUUUCCGCAACCAGAUACACGCUUUGUCGUCUUCAUCGCUGUGCCUGCCUGGCACACAGCCCAAACCACUGUUCUUAUUGAUGCCAGGUCACUCGACGGCAGACUCUUUGCAGUGAAUGUCCCCAGCCGGGUCAAUGCUAGUUCAGUCUUCACUAUUGCAGAUUGUCCCGCGGACCUCUCUUUACAACUGUAUGUUCGCGAUGUCCCAUGGCCCCUGCACACACAGGACACUGUCCAGGUCGAGCAUGGGGACCUGCUGACUAUUGUGCCAGACGUCGCCCCUGCGCCUCCCAGGCCGAUACUUACAGACAUGCUGCAGACAGCCGAAGGCAGGACACAAGAUGAUGCAUUCGCCGGGGAUUACGGGGAUAGAGUGUGGUUGGUCACUGAUCUAGAACCAAUGCUCUUUGAAGUUAACCGGCGGCGUAGGGAACACUUCCGCACAGAUGUUGCCGCCGCCUUAGGUACCACCUCCGAAAGGUUAUGCCUUCGUCCGGCAGUGCCUCCGGUCCGCGAUUUUGCGGAUCACGGCAGACUUGCACGCAGUGUCCUGCUUGCACUGGAAACUCCGUUUCCAGACGAAUACGAACUCGGCCCAACGACACCUUUUCUGCUCGAUUUGCGCCCCAUUCAACUGGGCUUCAUGGCUGCUUAUGCCCCGGCGGGCGGUUAUGAUUUUGCAGCACUUGCAAGGCGACUACAAGCUUUCGCCUCCCCUGGCUUCAGCGUUACUGUUUGGACUACAGAGCCCGACCAGCAGCUGCCGCUGUCGGUUUUGCAUGUCCGGACAGGAGAGGUCUUCCGUGUUGAAUACCUAUCCCUUGCCAGUACCACUGCAGCCGAUACUCGCUGGCGUUCAGGCAGUUCUGAUCAACAGGUCACCUCAGGCUCUAUUGCCCACCAGAGGAAUGACAGCCGGCACAGCAGCUCUAGGGCCCUGGCAAAGUCGGUCGAGCUACAAGCACAAACUGCCAUGCAUGACGGCGCCGCAAGGGACACCUCCGAUAGCAGGGAUGAGGAGGAUCUGUUGCAAGACCAUCACCGCCAUGUAACGCUUCUUGAUGAAGCCUCCAGCCAUUCAGACUAUUGGGCCUUUACGGCUGUUACUCUCCUAGAGGUCUUGCAUGAGCAUGCAGAGGAACAGGCUCGUGUUGCCCUUCAACACGCCGCGCCUGCUCCUAUCUCCCUCGCUGCUGCUCUCGAGGUCACCCCCUUCCAGCGCUCAUGCAUGGAGCUCCAGGAUAUUCUUCCACACAGUGUGCAGGGCACAGACGAGCAGCCAGAUUGGCUUGAUGCAGAUUUCUCACACCUCCUUAGCUUUCCGCGACUCACCCUGGCACAACGCACCGCGUUUGUCAAUAUCCAUAGGUGGAAGGAUGCCAGCCCUGGUGCCACCGCGACCGGUAUUGACAUCUUUACAGAUGGACCCGCCUCGGGACACAAAGACAGGGACGACAUUCGGCCUGCUGGAUGGGCAUUUACAGUGUGGUUUCGUACCACCGGGCGCAGCUACUUUUAUGGAGCCGCGAGUGGUACUUCCUCUCUGCGGGGAACGCCCUACCACAUUGGCGAGACGUGUGAUACACCACUGCAAUCAGAGUUGCUGGCCAUCUGUUGGGCUCUUAUUUGGGCCCUCGAGUAUGGGGAGUGCCACCAGCUCCCGCUUCAUCUGCACUAUGACUGCCAAGCAGCAGGUUCUGGAACUUUUGGAGAAGCUAGGCCUGCUUCUGUUAUCCGGGGAGAUGAUACUCCCGGCCUCAGCCAGUUUGCGGCUCUCCUCCGUCAAUGUGUGACCCAAAGGAUGUCUCUCGUUUCCAGCUACAUCCCGGGUCAUGCUGGCUACAUUGGCAAUGAGCUCAGUGAUGGUUUUGCGAAGUAUGCGCGCACUCACCCUACCCCGGAUGAGGAAAGCCUCUUGCCGGUGUGGCCUGGACGGCUCGCACUUCACCCGUUAGCUGAGUGGGCGUGGAUGUGUAUCGGGUGCCACGCUGACCUACCUACGCCUUAUGCCAUGGAAGCCACGGCUGCCUGCAUGCAAGCGGGCUGUACUUCUACGCGUGCUACGCCAAUUCUUGGAGUAAGCCAGCCCAGUGUUGCAGAUACGCAGGUCCAGUUUUGCCUCCUGUGUAUGUCCUACAACGUCCUCACACUGUCUGAUGGUCCCCCUGGCCGAACCGUCGAAGCUCGAGGGGCGGGACAGGAAAUUGGUAUGCGCAUCAAGGGCAAACGACACAUGAUUGUCGACCAAUGCGUCGACGUGGGAGUGCACAUCAUAGGUCUCCAGGAAACCCGACUUCAGGAGAGAGCCACCCUUCCCGACGCCAGCUACAUCAUGUUGCAUACUGCAGCCACACAUAAGGGCCAUUUUGGCUGUGCCUUAUGGCUUAGCAAGGUCACUCCAUAUGCCUAUCAGCACGGCAAGCCCUUGUACUUUGAGGGCCAUCAUUGCACGGUUGCGGCUCACUCGGCACGGCAUCUCCUUGUGCAUAUUGUCGCGCCGCAUUUUUGCUGUGCCGUGCUUGUUGCGCAUUCGCCUACUGCCCCAAUGGACAACGAAGGGGUAGUCACUGCAUUCUGGAAAAUGUGCAGUCAGGAUGUACGGCGACUUCCCAACGAUGCUCCCCUCCUUGUCCUUGCGGACGCUAAUUGUCGGGUUGGCAGCCUCGCCAGCCCAGCCGUUGGUACCCACGCCGCUGAGGUUGAAACUCCAGCGGGCAGUGCGUUCCACGACUUCCUUAGCCGCCACUUGUUAUGCCUCCCUGCCACUAUGGACAGUUGCCACAGCGGGCCAUCCUGGACGUGGCGCUCUGCCCUUGGAGACAGGCACCGCAUUGACUUUGUCGCUGUUCCACAAGCAUGGCUGCCUUUCGAGCCUCAGACGUGCACGUGGACAGCGUUUGAAACCAUGCAAAAACGGGACGACCAUGACCGGGCAGAGCUGCAGUGUUUCGUAGGCUCCUCCAACAGCAGCCUUUGCCUGCAUGGGAUUGUGAUGUUGACGCACGCUUUGCCAGCUUUGUACAUAGGCCUCCGAGUAUACCUCCGCGAUGAAGAACGUGAGCUCCGCCGUCGCUAUCUGCUUAUCGGUGUGGCCUCCUUCAUCCUCAAUAGCAGAGGUCUUGUUGCGGCGGAUGGUGCCAGACGCCGCGCGCAUCAUUGCCUGAGGGCAAUCCAGAUCAGCAUCGCCAGGGCCUGGGCUCUCUUGGAUGUUACCUGCAGGACGCUUCGCCAAGCUGUCCGUGCUGAGCGAAACCUCUACUUAGAUCGUCUCGUCAAAGACGUAGGGUGGAUAGGGAGCAACGGUGGCGGGAACAUUUUUCCGAUCAGGUCCCCUCCCGUUUUCGACCCGCACAUGCUCCCCAGCCUAUCUGCUUUAGAGGCUGCCAUUCUCGGCCUCAAGAGAGCCAAGGCUGCAG